UCACAGCAAUGGCCACAAGUGUCCCGACUGUGCCUGGACAAAACUCCCUGCUGCGGCUGGAGACGGUCCUGUGAGGACCCGGGAGAGACACAGAGCUGCCCCUGAGAGUCUGUAUGUGAAUAUAACUUGUCUCCAGAGUGUUGGACUGUAAAGGAAUAACCGUUUAUAACCUGAAGCCAUUCCGCUGACUAUCUUUGAAGUGGGUAACAGAUAACAGAAAGAACACAAAGGACGACAUCCUCCGCUGAUGUGCUAUGGCCUCUGAUUUGAGCUGUGCCUCGAAUGACUCAAGCAGAUCUCAGUAAACUCUGGGGUGGUUUUAGCUGUACGCCGCUGCAGCCGGGAUGAUCAUGUCCCAUAUGAACGGUUAUGUGCAAGAGGCCUCUGGUCAGGCCAGGAGCCACAGGGAGAGGGCGGUGGACUGUCCAAUGGAUGAGAGCAGCCUUGUCAAAUCUCCACAGAGCAGCGCCCACCUGGAGAGGAUUCAGCACUACCAAGAAGAGUUGAGGAAGAGGAGAGAGGAGGACAGCAGGGGGAAACAUGAAUUCGACCCCAACGCUUCGCUGAGGCUCAAGAAGCUGUCACAGAACCCCAAAGUGGGCAUUGACAAUCCCACCUUUGAGGGGAAGGAAAAGGCUACCAAAGACACGUGCUCCCAGGAUCCUGCAGCCGACCUGGCGGAGGUGCUGCAGGCCCUGAAGUGGGCGAAGCACUGCCUGACUGAUGCGCAGAGCCAGCAGGAUGUGGAGCUGAUAAUGCAGCUUCUUGCCAAGGAGGACUUCAGGAAUGCCUACACCAUUUACAGCGCUGUAUCCCAGCAGAUGACCAAAGUCAGUCCCACCUCACCCCUCACGGCACAAGCAGGGGAUCUCUGCCAGGAGGUCCAGAAGAUUCUCCAGUCCAGCCAACAGAAGGAGGGUCUGGAGCUCAAGGCUCUGCUCACCAAUCCUCAUCUCCAGGCACUGAUGCAGGCCCAUGACAGUGUGGCAGGGCAGGAAAUGGCAGAGGUAGAUGUGGCCCAGUACCUUGGAGAGACGGUUAAACUGGUGCGGCUGGAGAAGGCUCGGGACACUCCACUGGGUGCAACAGUACGUAACGACAUGGACAGUGUGGUGGUGAGUCGUGUAGUGAAAGGUGGAGCAGCAGAGCGGAGCGGCCUUCUCAGUGAGGGAGAUGAGAUCCUGGAGAUCAACGGGGUUUCCAUUCGUGGGAAACAUGUCAAUGAAGUACACGAUUUACUGCAACAAAUGCACGGCACUCUGACCUUCCUCCUCAUCCCGAGCUCUCAGAUUAAACCUGCCCCGCACAGACAGACUGUGAUGCACGUACGAGCUUAUUUCGACUACGACCCCUCCGACGACCCCUUCGUGCCGUGUCGGGAGCUGGGCCUGUCCUUCCAGAAGGGAGACAUCCUCCAUGUCAUCAGCCAGGACGACCCCAACUGGUGGCAGGCCUACAGGGACGGAGAUGAGGACAACCAGCCUCUGGCUGGACUCGUUCCAGGGAAAAUGUUCCAGCAACAGAGAGAGACCUUGAAGAAAACUAUAACAGACAGGAGUCGAGAGCACCAAGGGAAGCUUUGGUAUGCAAAGAAAAGCAAGAAACAGAGGAAGAAGAGCACGUCUACCUUGAGCAAAAAUUCUGACUACGAUGACAUCCUGACCUAUGAGGAGAUGUCGCUUUAUCACCAGCCCGCCAAUCGUAAACGCCCCAUCUCUCUGAUUGGUCCAACGAACAGCGGUCAUGAUGAGCUGCGUCGGAGGCUUCUGGCCCUAGAGCCGGAAAAGUUUGCCGUUGCUGUUCCUCACACAACCAGAAACUCAAGGAUACACGAGAGGAAUGGGCGCGAGUACCAUUUUGUGAGCCGGUCUGCCUUUGAAGCCGACUUGGCGACAGGGAAGUUCAUUGAGUCGGGGGAAUAUGAGAAGAACUUGUACGGCACCAGCACUGACUCAGUGCGACACGUCAUCAACUCUGGACGCAUUUGUUUGCUCUGCCUGCACACCAGGUCACUGCGGGUGUUGAGGUCCUCCAAUCUCAAGCCAUAUGUCAUCUUCAUCGCUCCUCCUUCUCAGGAACGACUACGCACCCUGCUGGCCACAGAGGGGAAAACACCAAAGCCUGAGGAGCUAAAGGAGGUCAUCGAAAAGGCCCGCGAGAUGGAGCACAAUUAUGGCCACUUCUUCGAUGCAACCAUCGUGAACAUGGAUCCGGACCAGGCUUUCAGCGAGCUGUGCAGGCUGAUAGACAAGCUGGACACUGAGCCACAGUGGGUGCCCACCUCCUGGCUGUGCUAGAGGUCACGGGGUGUCACCGCAGGGAGCCUCAGGGUAGGAGGAGUCAAACAGAAAUGAAUGUUCCUGGAGUUUGAAAGAUGAAGGAUGGACAGUGCUGGUUGUCACUGGAUUUUCACUUGCACAUUCUCCUCGCUUAUAGAAGAGGUGAUCUUUAUCGCGUGACGCAGGGAUGGACUCAAGUUUCUUACUUUUCUUCUCGUUGACUGUGUGUGUGUCUCUGUGAGUUCUUUUUCUCUGUUUAUUGUUGAUCUCAGUUUUAUGCAAAGUAUCAAACACAUAGAAAUGUUUCUAUCCGGUUCUUAAUAGUUAUUUAUAAUUGUAAAUAUAUAUUUUCUAGACGAAAGGAUAAAAUAUUUUAUUGUUACAUUUUGUUUGUUUGUGAUAUACGAAACGGACACUCACCUGGCAGAGUGUUAUCGUCACAAUUAAAAGGCAGUAAACCAAAAGCUUUGUAGAAACCAAACAGGAGAGGAGCACUGCGGUGUAACGUCUUCCAUUCAGAAACCACAGAAGAAGAAUCUGCUGUAACCUGCACAGUUUCGAGGUACAUCCUCCACACCAGUGUCAGUAUUUUGUGUCGUCUCAUGUCUCAUUUACGCUGUGAUAACAGACCUCAAAUCAGUAUUGUCUCUAGCUGGUUAUCAUUAGUCAGUAUAUCAGGCUGCAAAGUGCUGCUGAGACUGUUGGAUUUUUUUACCAGUAUUGUAAGAAAAAAAAAACCAUCUCGUCAGUUAGUGUAACUCCAACAAUUACAGUUUUGCUUCUUUGCAGGGUACUUGUAAAAUCAUAAGCACAACUCUGGAACAGUGUUAAUAAAAUCAGAUACAUGAUAUGAAGUGGUGAAUACAUUGCAUCAUUUUUAAUGGGUUCUGAUGUUGCAAAACAAAUGCGUACUAACUCAACCCCUGUGAAGCUAAAAAUAAUGUGUUAAAUGUAGCAUUGUGAUGUAAGAUGGCUGCCAUUCCUCCCGGAGCUGGUGACUGAAAGUAAUUUGAUCCCAGCAGUCUCUCCCAGUCCUCUGUAUCUUCACACAUGGGACUGUAAGUAUAGAUAUUUUGAUACCAUUUUUGUCUUCCCAGUACCAAUUACGAUACCUGAACUUGCGCAUCAGCCAAUACUAAGUACGGAUCGAUACCAUUGGUUAAAAGAAUUAACAGCUGCAUACUACUAACCCUGAAACUAAAGCCUUGCAUACUGAGCAUGUUGCCUUUUUAUUGAUGCGGCUUUCCACUGCCAGUAUUGCUGACAUCUUGCUGUGUAGGCCGCCAUUUUAAAGCGGUUAAGAAGAAUUGAUUCCUGGGAAAACUUGUUUUAUACAAGUGUAAAACUACAUUUAAGUUUAUUAAUAAAUUAUGUGUGUGUCAGUGUAUCAGAUAGGGCAGCAACUAAGGAUUAUUUUCAUCAUCGACUAAUCUGUCGAUUCUUUCUUCGAUUAGUCGACUAAUCAUUUUAUCAAAAAAUGUGUUAAAAUGUUGAAAAAUGUUGGUCUGUCUCUCCCAAACCCCAAAAUUAUGCCAUCUAAUGUCUUGUUUCGUACUCACACCAAAGGGUUUUAGUUCACCGUCAUGGGAGAGUGUGUAAAGCUGCCAAUAUUUGAACGUAAGAAGCUGCAAUAAGAGUAUUUGAGGUACAUUUAUAGUACUUUUCUAUGAAAAAUGACUCAAACCAGUUAUUACCACCAAUUAUUUUAAUAGUCGAUUAGUCAUCGAUUAGUCGACUAAUCGUUGCAGCCCUAGUAUCAGAUCAUCCUUGGACCAGCAUACUCACCGAUAUCCGAUCCAGCAUUUUAGGCAGCAUCAGAGGCAUUUUCAAUACUAACUGUUGCAACAUGCAACAUAUCUAACAUUAUAUCUUAUAUCUAGCAAGAGAUUCACACAGUGGUUAGAUAUCGAUAACAUCUUUAUUUGGAUGACGUGUGGGGCUAUGUUGAUUUGCACACCGUGUUUUACAGUGGGGUCACUUCAGGGUUUUGUGUUGCAAUGGUAAACAUCUUCAGAUGAGGUAACAACAACAACCUCCACAACACACUCACACUCUUUGAAAUCUACAACCAACUUAAAUCGCAACUUUGGUGUUUUUCAACCUGGACUCUUUUUUUCCAUGUUUUGUGUCUAAGUGACAAAUGGGAACAAUUUUCGAAACUGGUCCAGCAUUGAAAAAGAGCGUUGCAGCCUGCAGCAGUGAAACAGGCUGCAGUGUAAACACUUGGAAGGUGUGAGCAACGAAUGUGUUUGUUUUUGCCUCUGACAGGCUCGGAUUAAUAUUCUAAAUGUCUGAUAACAUUAUGAAAAGGAUCCUGACAGAGGUGGAUCUUACUGAUUAAGAGUUAGACUCCAUUUAAAUAAACAGUAAUUUUAGCGUGUAGAGUCGGCAUGUCUUCACAUGUAACUGGGUGAAUUAAGGGUUUAUUUCAAGCAAGCCUGUGAUUGUAGGAACAGUUGAAAGACGAGUCAAGACGGCUUUUAUGAGUUUGUGAUGAUAAAAAUUGCUGUUUGUUUAAAUGGAGUCUGGUGGGUUUGGGGAUAGCAAUUUUGGGGCUGUUUCUGGUUAAACAAAAAGUAACUUCCUCUUUAAAAAUGGGUCUAUCUCUGUAGGGAUCCUUUCCAUACAAGACAGACAAGCCUGUCAGUGGCAAAAACAAGCACUUUCAGUGGACGUAAAUCGACAGUGUGCUAUUGUCCAGUUAUCGUUACAUUGCAGCUUGUUUCGCGUCGCACUCAAUACUUCCAGUUUUCAAAAACAGCUGUCUCUAUGAAUCACUCAGACACAAAAAAAAGGUAAAAUAGGAUCCAGGUUGAAAAACACCAAAGUCACCCUCUAAGCUUUACAGCAUGCAAUGGCUCUGAAUGUUGGGAGGAAUAUCUACAAGCUGAUCAGUCACACGGAAUGCUUCUUUUAUUUCACUCACAAACCAUGUGUAAACAUACUUAUACUCUUAUUAGAUUAUUUCAUAAUAGUGAACUGACUCCCUUGGGGGUGAGCAUUCAAGUGUGACGACACUUUGGUUCUGUACAGUGACAUAUCUGGAAACACGCACUGAAACAAUAGAACAAA